CACAGGAGCCAGAGCAGCGGACGCAGCGACCGCGCGAGGCAUGAACCGGGCUCAGCGCGGGGCCGCGGGCAGCCGCGGCCUGGGCACCAUGGAGGUGAAGAGCAAGUUUGGGGCAGAAUUUCGACGAUUUUCUCUGGAGAGAUCGAAGCCUGGGAAGUUUGAGGAGUUCUAUGGAUUACUGCAGCACGUGCACAAGAUCCCAAACGUUGAUGUUCUGGUGGGGUACACGGACAUUCACGGAGACCUGCUGCCUAUCAAUAAUGAUGACAAUUAUCACAAAGCAGUCUCUACAGCCAAUCCUCUCCUCAGGAUUUUCAUUCAGAGAAAAGAGGAUGCAGACUACAGUGCCUUCGGGACGGACACCAUGACGAGGAAGAAGAACGUCCUAUCCAACGUGCUACGUCCGGACAACCACAAGAAGAAGCCCCACAUUGUCAUUAGCAUGCCCCAGGACUUCAGGCCCGUGUCCUCCAUCAUAGACGUGGAUAUUCUGCCCGAGACCCACCGCAGGGUGCGGCUCUACAAGUACGGCACCGACAAACCGCUGGGCUUCUACAUCCGCGACGGCUCCAGCGUCAGGGUCACCCCGCACGGGCUGGAGAAGGUGCCGGGCAUCUUCAUAUCCAGGCUGGUCCCCGGGGGGCUGGCUCAGAGCACGGGCCUGCUGGCUGUCAACGAUGAGGUGCUGGAGGUGAACGGCAUUGAGGUGUCAGGAAAAAGCCUCGAUCAAGUUACAGACAUGAUGAUUGCCAACAGCCGCAACCUGAUCAUCACGGUCAGACCCGCCAACCAGAGGAACAACGUCGUGAGGAACAGUCGGACUUCGGGCAGCUCCGGCCAGUCCACUGAGUCCAGCCUCCCCAGCAGCACUCCAAACGUGCUGGGCAGCCUGCUGCAAGGAGAGGAGGAGAGCGAUGAGGAGGACAUUAUUAUUGAAGACAGCGGCGAGCCGCAGCACAUCCCAAAAGCUACGCCUGCCAGCGAAAGCAUAGAAUCCUUAUCACAAAUUGAACUCCUCCACGAGUCCACACAAAAUGGAUUCCUUCCUUCCAGUGAGAUGAGCUUGAAUCACUCAACAGGCAGCAUUAGCAUGGAGUAUGAAGCCCCAGAGCCAGGCCGUAAGUCCUUAGAGGAAGAUGGAACUAUAAUAACACUAUGAAAUGACAUUGGUGUACUUUGUAUAAGUAAGGAUGCCAUACAUGUUUUAAUUGGGCUUAAUAUGUAACACACUUUAUACCUCUCCAUCUACCAAGCACUGCAGUUAGAUUAAAAGGAAGGAAAAAAGUAAAAUCAAGAAAUUCAAAAUUACAUAAGUUGACUAACUUCAUUAAUUCUGCACUUCAAUGUAAAUAAUUCACAAAGCUGGACAAUAAUUGAUAAAUAGCUGAAAUUGAAUGAGGAAAAUUUAAAUUGAAAAUGAAGGAUAGCUAAGAGAUGGCUGUGAGCUUUCUUUUAAAGGUACUUGAUUUUUAUUAUUUUUUUAU